GUAAUUGGCCGCACGCCGUCCAGUUUAAACCGGUACCAACUGGUUUUUGCUCCCUAUUUUGGCAUUUCGCGCGCGCGUGACGAACUGUCAACGAUACGUUAAAAAGUGUAAUACACCCUGUAUAUAAAUUAUGACUAAGUACGGAAUAAAUUAUUUAAUUUUAGUGAGUGUUUCAUGAACUUUGAAGUUUGUUUCUUAAUAGUUGUAACUUAAUAAUGUUGUAUGUAAGAGUUUCUUUAAAAACUUUGUAAAUAUAUAAGUGUGUAAUGUAAGUGAUUUAUUUCUAUAUGGAUUUAAAAACUGGAGAACACAUAAACGUGGUGGUAUAAACGAAAAUUUCAUUCUAAAUGUAACUGAAGAUUUUGUGAGGUGUUGGAAUAUUCGUGCAGUGUAGAAAAUGUAAAAUGGAGUGUAUUCCUCGAGCGAGCCCUGCUCGCCUGCUGUCCCUGUGGACUCUGCUGCUCGGAUGCUGUAAUAUUGCAGGUCUCCGGCCGACGCCGAGUGUGAUGGCGGAGUCUCUAGACAUAGUGAAAGUGUCAGCGGUGGCGGGCGGCGACGCGACACUGCCGUGUGACACUCGCUCGACACAGGCCUCAGAUGUGUUGUUGCUUGUCGUCUGGUAUAAGAACGAUGUGCCGUUGUAUAGUUACGAUGGCCGUAUAAAGGGGCCGACGGCUCACUGGGCGGACGAUGUGUUGGGUGGUCGGGCGCGGUGGCACGCCGCCACGCCGUCAUCGCUGAGGAUACGUGACGUCAUACCCACUGACCGCGCCAUGUACCGCUGCAGGGUCGACUUCAAAAUAUCGCCGACAAGAAACCAUAAGAUCCUUUUGGAUGUUAUCGAACUACCAGAGAAGCCGAAGAUUUUUGAUGAAUUCGAUAAAGAAGUGGUCGGUGUGGCCGGCCCUUACAUAGAAGACACUAGUUUGAAGCUCACCUGCGUUGUAAGUGGAGGUAAACCAAUGCCUCGUAUUCGUUGGUGGCGUGAUGACAAGGUGAUAGCCACCCUGGCUCCUGUAGAUGACGAGUCCCGGCUCAGUCUGCUAGAGCUGAGGAUACCGAAGCUGUCGAGGGACUACUUCGAGGCUGUAUACACUUGUACUGCUGACAAUACAGUGCUGGUGCCUCCUCUAAGGGUCAAUGUGCAGAUUCAGCUUUAUCUGCGGCCUCUGUUUGUGGAGAUCCUGGCGCGGGAGCAGCCGCUCUCCGUGGGCCAGGCAGCUGAGCUGGCCUGCAAGGCCGUUGGAGCUCGACCGCCUGCCAUCAUCACCUGGUGGAUGGAUGAUAGGCAGAUGUCUGUAGCGGCGAUACAGAAGAACUCUGACGACAAGAACGAGACGAUAUCGUUCCUCCGGUGGACUCCUCGCAUGGAUCAAGAUGGCCGCACACUGACGUGCCGGGCGGCCCACGUCAAACUGGAGCACACCACUAUAGAAACCAGCAUCACACUCAAUUUACAUUAUGUCCCCAUAGUGACAUUGGAACUCGGUUCGAAAAUGAACCCUAACGACAUUGAGGAAGGCGAUGACGUGUACUUCGAGUGCAUGGUGCGGUCCAACCCACCGGCUUAUAAAGUGGUGUGGGAACAUAAUGGUCAGAUAAUGACACACAACCAACGAGCUGGAGUGAUCGCCGGCUCAGCAAACUUAGCUCUACAAGGAGUAAAUAGAAGUCAAGCAGGAAACUACGCCUGCACAGCAUCCAAUGUAGAAGGAGAUGGAAAGUCUCAGCCUGUCAAACUACAAGUUAUUUAUAAGCCGGUGUGUGUAGCAACAUCAAUAGCCAUAGUUGGUGCCGCGAUCAAUGAACCGACCAAAGUAACGUGCGAAGUGGACGCCUUCCCUCCUCCCAAGAACUUCCAGUGGACCCUCAAUAAUUCCAUGGGAACUUCGGAAAUUGAACCUGAAAAAUAUAUCCUAAAUGGAGUCGGAAAAUCAGUCCUCUUCUACACUCCAUCAUCAGAGAAAGACUAUGGGUCCUUGGCCUGCAGGGCUACCAACUUGGCAGGUCAGCAGGUGGAACCAUGUCGAUACUCCUUGCUGCCAGCAGUCAGACCAGACCCAUUAGCCAACUGCUCUGCUGUGAACCUCACUGACGAUUCAGCUGAAAUUAGAUGUGUCGCUGGUUACGAUGGAGGUCUUCUAACCUCAUAUUACGUGGAAGUAUGGGAAUCUAAGAAUUUAGUAGCAAAUGUGUCGACCGCACAACCAGCGUGGAUACUGCGAGGUCUCGGGUCAGGGAAGAGCUUGAGGCUCGUGUUCUUCGCUGCCAACGCCCGAGGAAGGUCAGAGACUGUCAUGAUGAGGAUCAGCACCCUGGCGAGACUUGCUUUACAUACAGAAGCAAAAUCUGGCAAAGCAGUUGGUGUUGACGCUAGUUGGGCAUUGGGAGUAAUCGCCGGUAUUGCUGGGACACUUGUGGUGAUUGUGGUGAUUGCUCUUCUGGCUAGGAGAAGACAGCAUCAACCAAUGCAGUAUGAAGCUCCUAUGCAGACGGUGAAGGCGUACAAAGGCGCGAUACAAAGCACCAACCAUUCUCCGGUUCAGCCUGACGAUAAAAAUCCUGAUGUGGUGCCGCUGGGUAAAGGUAAUAUAGAUUUCAACAGUGCGCGGGACUUAGAGCGGCCCCCUGAGCCCCCACCUUAUGGGACAGUGAUGUCUCCUCCCGUGGGGUCUUCACGUAGUUCGAACAGUUUACACCAUCACGACAUGCGGCCUGUCACACCGCACACACCGAUCACACCUGCGUCUGAUGCCCAUAGCAUCGGGACACUGGCAGAGGAUCGUCGUAGUGUGACGAGCGGGACAUUCUCCAGACGGAGAGAAGUUGUUACAACCAGAACUCCUUUGCUAGCAAACGCGAGGGAAAGUUGUGUCUAGGCUGAAUCAUAGGAAAUAAAUACUUUGAGUCAAAGGGAUCAUGUUGCGCAUUUAUUUUCUAGAAUAUUUUUUACUAUCUAGAGAUGGGUCUGUGAUACGUCUUAAUGUUGUUUUAGAAUAUUAUUUGAGUUUAAUUUCUUACCUGGUUUCAUUAUUGGUGUAUUUUUUGUAGAUACUGAAUCGUUUCCAGUUUUUCUUACGCAAGAUAUUGAAAAAAUAUUCGGAAUUAAGUUUCGGUAUUCAAUUUUGUUAUUUUAAUACGUAACGGUUAUGUUUUAGUACUGUUCUAGAAUAAUAGACGAUUUUAUCGUUUCGAUAUAUUUCUCGAAUAUAUGCGAUUGAUAUUUUUGUACAUACAUCGAAGUAAAUUAUGAAAGACUGUUUCAACACGCUCCCUUUGACACAAAAACAUGUAAAUUAAACAAAAUGUUCGUUUUAUAGUCAAUAUUCACUUUGAAAAAGAGAUAUAUCUAUCUAAAAGUACAUAUAUGUAAGUGUAAUUAAAUGUUCUGAAAACUGCAAUUAUUCUGUAAUAGGUUAUGUAUAUUACUACUGAUGGUAUACAAAUAAUGUAUAUAACAUAUCACGAUAUGUUUUAUUCUUUUUUAAGGCUGUGUAAAUAAGGUUCAAUUUGGCUUGAACAAAGUAAAUAAUUAGGAUUGUGUUUAAAUAUUCAGGCGUAGAAGAACAUUUACAUUUCUCGUAAUAAAUCAUCAGUUUUCAAUUAUAAUUCGUACCUAAGUAUUUAUAUACAAAAAGGCCAAAUCUAAAUUUAAACUGUAUAAUAACAUUUUUCCAAGAAUCAAUUUAAUAAUGAGAUAAAAAUAAUAAGUAGAAGUUGCUUUUAGAUAUUUUUAUUCCAUUUUAAAUAUUUACUUUGUUAUAAUUAAGUACUACCCACGGCAAAGAAAAAAAAUACUCUCAGCUACAAUUUCGGAAAUAUAUAUAACCUCCCACGAUAUAUAUUGUGGAGGUUACGUGCUUAAACUAAUUAAAAUUUAUAUCGAAAUGAAAGUUUACUUCAAUUUCAAAUUUGUUAACAUAGAAAUGUUAACUAAUAGAUUUUAGUCACGGUAGGCUGAAGGUUUAAGAUACCAUUUUUCAUGCAUGAGGGUGCCGGUUCGAAAUCUACCAACGGCAUGUACCAAUGUGACUUUUUCCGAGUUAUAUGUACUUUCUAAGAUUAUUUAGACACUGAAAAACGGUAAAGGAAAACAUCUUGAGGAAACCUGGGCUUAUAAUUUCUGAUUAAAAGUUAAAAAUUGCCCGCAUGGAGAAAGCUUGGUGAAUAAUGGUCAAACCUUCUCCGUGUGAGAAGAGGCUUUGGUCAGCAGUGGUCAUUAAUAGGCUGUUUCCAUUAAUGGUGAUACUUUUUAUUAGCAAUUAUAAAAUAAAAUUAUAAAAUACGAUAAAACUAUCUGGAAUUUGAUAUUAGAAAUGGGCGUGAAAAGUAAGUACAUAAAAACUUAUUUACUUUUAGUUUUAUUUUUAGAAUUGUGUCCCUUUCGCCUUACCAUUUAUAGUAAGAUUGUCUUGUCAAAAGCAGAGGUACUCGUACAUGGUACUUAAAAGGAAUAAAACAUUUCGUCGAAGAUUAGUAAAUUUAAAAAGAAAUCUGUUUACACCCCACAUUGUGCAUGUGUUCAUUAUAUUGUUUCUGUUUCCCCUAAAACUAAGUGUCCUUCUUAAAGUAUAUGUAGUUUCAAUUUCAUUUGACGAACAUUCACACAAGUAAAUGUUCCUUGUCGUAAUUUAGUAUCGAUUUUGUUAAACAGAAAUUAUAUUAGAAUAUUUAUAUUUCUUAAAUAAUUAUUAUAAUAAUGUUAUUUUAAUAUAGACAAAAUACCACAUUCCUUUCUGUAUAUUAUUACAUUUUUGUAGCAAAUUUUAUAAAUGAAAUAUUUUUGUCCAUAAAGUUUCAAAUUGUAAAUAUAUUUUAUACUUUCUGAAACUGGCUCAAUAAUGUUAUAAUUAUAUUAAAAUAUCAUAAAUUAUAAAAUGUUGGUAAAGUUACAAUUGUUUACGAAUAUGAGGUUUGUAUUAAUUUUGUAUUAAAUCACCGUGUUAAAGGAAUUUAUAUAGUUUUGAAUGGAAUGUAGACAAUAAAACAUGUUAUUAAAAUAGUUUUAUUAUUUUAAAUGUUUAUUCAAAUAUAACGGAGGAAAUAAUAGCUACAGGUAAUAUUAAAAAUAAAUAUACUUUUGUUAGAGAGAAUAAAAUACAUUAUAUAUUAUAAUUUAUAUAUAUAUAUAUAUAUAAAUACAAAUAAAUAUUCUAAACUUAUAAAUACGUUCCGUAUAUUAAACUGGAUGAUCAUAUAAGUACAUUCGGUUCGGGUACGUGGAAUCUGAGUAAAUGUACACAAGUUAUGGCCUAUCCGACCCUCUUAAGGAUUCUUAAUCAUAUUUCCUUGAGGAAGUUUUUCCGUGUCGUCGACACUCGGAAUAUGGAAUGUAAAUACCUCUAAGGAUACAACAUAUAGAGAAGUAUUUCCUCCCAACUACGUGACUAUUCUGUUUACUCACGCGUUAUUCUGUAUUAAAGAUCUUUUUUUUUUUUAAGUAAAUGAAAUGUAUUUUUUUUUAUUUGACCGUUAAUGUUAUGUAUAAUUUACCUUUUUAAUUAUGUACAGUAUGUUAUUUUUGUUGGUUUAUAGUAACUUAUUUAAAAAUUGAUAUCAGUAUAUUUUCGGAAUAUAUUGUCACCUCGUUUCGUUAUAUAAAACAAACAAUCAUUUCUCCUCAAUAUAUAUUUACAUUGUACGUCACAAUUUGAAUGUAAUUAGAUUAUAAGUAAAUUAUUAUAAUUGAACUUUGAAUUUCUAUAAAUAAAAUUAAUUAAAUGAAUACACUGUGAUGCUAUAAAAUUUAUAACUCUCUAAAUUAUGAAUUACAUUCAUAAUUUUUGUAUAAGUGUAAAUAAUUAAAAUAAUAAUUACGAAGGUGUUUUCGGUUUUAGGGUAAAAUUAAAAAACCCUGAUGAAAUACUAUAGAAAAAUUUGUGUAUUGUAAAUAGUACUAACUUAUAUGUGAAGGAAUAUUAUAAAUAUAAAAAAUGAAUGUUAAUCGAUUCCGCUAAUUUAUUUGCAUUAUUAUUUUAAUUUGUUAAUCAUUUCUACUUUCUUCUUAUUAUUCUUAUUUAUAAAAGAAAAUGUGAAAAAUCUUUACAAUCGGAAACAAUUACUAUACAUUUCAUAAUACGCAUUAUACGUUUUGUAUACUACCAAACAUGAUGUAUAAAUUAAAUUAUACUUCAUUUAAUGGGUAUAGUAAAAUGUUUCUGGUUGUAUCAAUGUUAUAUAAUUUAAGGAAACGUUUUAAUAGACUGCAAUAGUAAAAAACGCAUCCAAAUUAUGAUAAAAUUAAAACUAUAUUGUUAUUGUAAUUAAAAUAUUUAUUUAAUAACUUUAAGCUAUUUAGUUAAUAGCUCUCAUCUUGAAAUAAUAUAAAAAAGAAAAUUCAAUUCAAAAUGAAAGUUGUAUAAAAUAUAAAUGUUAAUAGCUUUUUCGUUUCCUGACAGUAUAAUGUAGUUACGAAGUACAUCACUUACAGGCUGACGACAUAAAGUGCAUUCCUAUUCAUAUAUAUACAUAUAUAGGGAGGUGGAAACUUCACGUGAAUUCUUCUCUCGAAAUUUUAUUCGAGUAAUAAAAUUCAGUCAGAACGCCAUUUAUAAAAUGUAUUGCAGACUAUUAAAACUGUUUCCAAUGUAUGUUACUUUAUGUAUUUUGGUAUAAAUUAUAUUUAUACUUUAUAAGUUACUCAAAAUGUCUAUUUAAGUUUGAUAUAAAUUGUAUAAUUUCGGUAAUUUUUCAAAGACUUCUUGACAUAUCGUAAUUAUUAAGAUAUGUGUAAUACUUCUUGGAAUAAAUUUGCUUAUCGGCAAAUCUA